AUGGGCGACUUCGAGGACCAUCCGGUGCCUUUUGCGGCUCGGGUGAAGGAUCAGGCCAUGUUCCAUUUGAAGCACCGGGCACGGUCUAAAUCCCAGCCCAACCCCUACACAGAUCCUCCCAGCCUGGAGGUCAAGAGCAAUCGCCUAGCCGUGCUGGCCGUGCGCAGCCUGCCUGCCGCUGAGCGCCUCGAUGCCAACGUGGCGGCGGUGGUGGAGGAGCUGGCGCGCGGCACGCAUCGCCCUCCUGUGCAGCUCAAGGCUCGGCAGCUUCACCUUGAUCUGGUCGGCGACGAGGGCCCCGUGGAGAUAACAGUGAAUUGGCACGACUGCCUGGACUUCGCACGGCUGCUGCAGAAAGCGCUGCCCUCCUGCGUCGAAGCGAUCCAGCUGAACCAGGCGGACGUCUUGUACGCUACGCCGGGCUGGUGGGAGCUGCAGGCCUCGAUUGCACAGGCAACGCAAGAUGCGAUGCUGAGCGGCACAAAACCGUACCUCAAGGCUUGCCUUGGAGCAGCCACUUCGUUGCUGCACAAGGAGAAGAGGCCCAAAGACAAAGGAGCCAGUGCGGCAGCUCCCAUACAGAUUGUGCACCAGUUGGCCGUGCGAGCCGCCAAGGCCAUGGGCGAGGACAAGGCUGAGCUUGUCACGCAGUUUGACAGCUUGGCGGAGCAAGGCGAGCUGCAAUGCAGCCCGUCAUUGCCAGCGACAGCCAAAACUCAAGUGAGACCUGAGAAUUGA